AUGGCAGAAUUUGAUCCUGUAAUGCAAGAGCAUCUUCGGCGCAUUAAGAAUAGUGAAAUCCAUCAUCAUUAUCUUGGCCAUAAUAUUCAGAAUGAGUUAAUUUCCCUUCUUGGUCGCACUGUUAAAUAUUCUCUGUUGAGGAUAAUUAAGGAUGCAAGGUAUUUCUCUGUCAUCUUGGACUGUACACCUGACGUGAGCCAUCAAGAACAAAUGACUCUAAUUGUGAGGUGCGUAAACAUGUCAAGUACUACUACAAAAAUAGAGGAGUUUUUUCUGGAGUUCUUGAAGGUGGAUGAUACAUCCGGACUUGGACUUUAUAAUGUGUUAAUAGAUUCACUUAAAUCUGUUGGUUUGGAUGUUAAAGAUGUUCAUGGACAAGGGUAUGACAAUGGUUCGAACAUGAAGGGAAAACACCAAGGGGUACAGAGCAGACUACUUGAAACUAAUCCAAGAGCAUUAUUCAUGCCAUGCUCUUGUCAUAGCCUGAACCUUACUCUUAGUGAUAUGGCAAAAUCUUGCGGUAAAGUUGUUACCUUCUUUGGUGUUGUGCAAAGAAUUUAUAUAUUGUUUUCAAGCUCUACUAAAAGAUGGCAGCUAUUGCUUGAUCAUGUUCCAAAAAUGACAGUUAAGUCUUUGUGUGACACUCGAUGGGAGAGUCAAAUAAAGAGUGUUCAGGCUAUCAGAUAUCAAGCAUCCGUGUUAAGAAAAGCAUUACUGGAAUUGAAGAGAACUUCUACCGAUGACGCCAAGACUAAGAGCGACGCAAAAUCUUUGGCUAGCGCACUUGAGAAAUUUGAAUUUUUACUUGGCAUGGUCAUUUGGCAUGACAUUUUGUUCACUGUAAACAUGGUGAGUAAGAAGUUGCAGUCUAAGUUUGUGUGCAUUGAUGUUACUCUUAAACAGAUUGAAGGUGCCAUCUCAUAUUUUAAGAAGUACAGAAAUGACGGCUUUGCAACUAGUCUGGAUAUUGCGAGAUCUAUUGCAAUUGACAUGGGUGUACAACCUUUGUUUCCUGUCAAGAGACGUAUUACUAGAAAAAGACAGUUUGAUGAAAUUAGUGGCAAUGACGAAAAUAACCAGAAUGAAGAAACGCAAGCAAGUGAGGUGGAAUCAUUUAGAGUUAAAUACUUUUUGGUGAUGAUUGAUGUUGCAAUUGCUUCCCUAACUACUAGAUUUGAGGAACUGAAGACAUUUGGGAGCAUAUUUGGUUUCUUGUUCAACUCGAAAGAGUUGAAGUCCUUGGGUGAUAAUGAUCUAAGAAGAUGUUGCACUAAUUUUGUCAACAAAUUCACUCAUGGUAAGUCAGCAGAUGUCGAUCUAGAUGAUUUCGUUUCUGAACUAAAAGUACUGCAGAUGACAUUGCCAAACACAUUCAUGUCAGCGGAUCAGAUAUUUGAGUUUGUUAGAGAUGCGGAUUGUUAUCUAAAUGUCUCAAUUGCUUAUCGUAUCCUUUUGACCGUACCUGUGACUGUUGCAUCAGCUGAAAGGAGUUUCUCAAAAUUGAAACUAUUGAAAAAUUAUUUGAGGUCAACGAUGUCUCAAGAAAGAUUGAAUGGAUUGGCCAUGUGCUGCAUUGAGAAGAAUAUGCUGGAUAGUAUUGAUCUUGACACUCUCAUUGAUGAUUUUGCGUCAAAAAAUGCACGAAAGUCUCGUUUCACAUGA